UAAUAUGGGCUUUUCACACCAUCAACAAAAUUCUGGAGACCCUCCGGAAAAAAAAGCCCUAAUAUAUAAUAACUAUAAACCCUAUCAAACCACUAGCCGAAACUUCAUUUCGAUUUCUAGGGUUUCUCACUUUCUCUUUUCACCUUCAAAUCUUCGUAGAAAGCAGCAAUGGCGGUUCCUCUACUAGACAAGAAGAUCGUCAAGAAGAGAGUGAAGAAAUUCAAGAGGCCACAAAGUGACCGGAAGAUCUCAGUCAAGACUAACUGGCGUAGGCCUAAGGGUAUCGACUCCAGGGUCAGGAGAAAGUUCAAGGGUGUAACAUUGAUGCCCAAUAUUGGGUAUGGCUCAGAUAAGAAGACCCGCCACUUUCUUCCCAAUGGCUUUAAAAAGUUUGUUGUUCACAAUGUUGGUGAUCUGGAGCUGCUGAUGAUGCACAACAGGACAUACUGUGCUGAGAUUGCUCACAACAUCUCAACAAAAAAGAGAAAGGAUAUUGUUGAGAGAGCUGCACAGUUGGAUAUUUGUGUUACGAACAAGCUGGCCAGGUUGCGGAGCCAAGAAGAUGAAUGAUCCUCGUGUGGCAACUUAUUAUGGUCAUGAUUAUGAUUUGUAUGCGGGAAAUUUUUUGUUCUGGAUCGUAUGUGAGACAUUAUAUGUUCAUCUUUAACUUAGUUCAGUUAAAUUGUGUUGGAUCUUUAGAAAAUUUUGUGCUCAUGAGGAGUUCUAUAUUAAACCUUCAGAUGUUCUCAA